AUGGCACCAGUGGUUAUACACUCACAUACAGGAUAUAGUAUCAAAGCUGAUAUAUGGUCUUUUUGUAUUAUUGCAUUGGAAUUAGCCCAUUAUCGCCCUCCUUUGUCUCACCUGCCUCCUUCGAGGUGUUCGAUCAUGAAGAUAACACAGAGGUUUCGAUUCUCUGAUUAUCAUGAUGAAAAGCACAAGAAGAAUUGCAGGAACAAGAAGUUUUCUAAGGCUUUGAAGGUGAUGUACGAGACACUGAUGCAGAAGAUUCUGCAGCAAUUAAGCUACUUUUUGGUCAAGAAUGUUUUCCAUGGGUUGCCAAGUGUUAAGGCUUUGUAUGGGAUGUCAAGCCCUAGUGGUACUGAUAUUGAAGAACAAGAGGAUCACGAGGAUAUAGAGGGUGACUCUGUUGUUCAAAAUGUGAAGUAUAGAAGGAUAAGUGGCUGGAACUUCAAUGAAGAAGUAUUCGAGCUUGACCCACGAAGGCAUGUGGGAAUUAUAAUUGGUCUCUUAGGAGCGGAGACUGAUGGAGAGGAACGAAUGGUGCAAACGGAGAAGCAAGAGAACUUGAUUUCUGAUGCAGUUAAAGCCACCGCUUCAUUUACCAAUGGCGAGAUUUUCAUCAGUAUAUUGACUUUUUUGUGGAAGAUGGAAUUCUGGCAUCUCAAGCUUCCGAUUUCUGUUGCAUAA